AUGCCUUUCACUAAACUUACCCUCAAGUCCGUUGUUUACGUUGCAGACCGACCUCGCCUAGGUGUGAACAGCCUUUAUAAAAUUCCCUCAGUGCUCCCAUGGACAACAUCAGGUACUCAGAUUCAGCCUCAGCACGGUCUGUUGUUGAACAUUUUUACUCCUGCACCAAUGCCAUCUGGCCCGGAUCCUGCAUCCUGGUUAAUUUUUGACGGGCAGUUCACAGCUACCUCGUGGAAACCUGUUGUUGACGUCUAUACACACGCCGCAAGUUUCCACUCUACCACCAAGCACCGGCCUACAGAGCUACAGCACGUACAAUUAGAAGGGGUUCUCGAGAUCGCCAUGACAGGUAGCAAAGUUGUUGCUAUUGAUCCAGACACAGAUGAAUCGUGUUUGUUUGAUUUGUCAACGAGAUCUGACCCUGUCAUGGAGAUUUUCCGGUAUCUUGAUGUCGGCGACUGGAUAUGGAUUACCGGCAAUAUAGACCGUCGAGUUGGUUCCGUUCUUGACAUCGAAGUCAACGAUACAUUUAUCGCAGAUUAA